GAAAAAGUAAGGUUAGGUUAGAGUGUGCGAGCAGCUGGCAAUCGUACGAGCCGCGGAGGAGAUCGGACGAUCGCGCGAGCGAUGUCGAACAAAACCAGAGGUAAGAACAAGAAGGUCGACGCGAUCGAGAAUGGAGCGGCCGACGAUGUCGCGAACGAUGAUAUCGCGACCGACGAAGUCGCGACAAAGUUCGCGGACGUGGAGAUCGAAGAGGAGACUCCGACCAAGAAGCUUACGCACAAGGAGAAGAAGAAGCUGAAGAAGCAGCAGGAGUACGAGCGGACGAUGGAGAUGCUGACGAAGGCAGGUGGGCAGGGUCACAGCGAACUAGAGUCUAACUUUACGAUCUCGCAGAGCCAGACACAGCAACGCGGUAAUCAGCAAUUGGAUAACGCGGUCGACAUCAAGGUGGAGAACUUUAGCAUAGCGGCCAAGGGCAAGGAACUCUUCACCAACGCCAGCUUGCUUAUAGCGCAGGGUAGGCGAUAUGGCCUUGUGGGACCGAACGGUCAUGGCAAAACUACCUUGCUCCGUCAUAUAGCCAAAAGAGCUUUUAAUAUCCCACCUACGAUAGAUGUCCUGUAUUGUGAACAAGAAGUUAUAGCGGACGAUACUCCGGCUGUAGAAGUAGUGCUCAAUGCUGAUGUGAAGUGCAAAGAACUUCAGGCAGAAUGCAAGAAAUUAGAAGAAUUGACAGAGCAAGGGGAUACCAACGUGCAAAAUAGAUUACAAGAGGUAUAUGAUGAAUUAAAAGCUAUUGGAGCAGAUUCAGCAGAGCCACGAGCAAGACGGAUUCUUGCCGGUUUGGGAUUCAAUCGUGCGAUGCAAAAUCGCGCGACGAAAAACUUCUCUGGUGGUUGGCGAAUGCGUGUUUCGCUCGCGAGAGCACUCUUCCUGGAACCCACAUUGUUAUUAUUGGACGAACCUACAAAUCAUUUAGAUUUGAAUGCAGUUAUCUGGUUGGAUAACUACUUGCAAGGCUGGAAGAAGACUCUGCUAGUUGUAUCGCAUGAUCAAAGUUUCUUGGAUAAUGUGUGCACGGACGUCAUACAUUUAGAUCAACAAAAGUUAUUCUAUUACAAGGGAAAUUAUAGCAUGUUUAAAAAAAUGUAUGUGCAAAAAAGGAAGGAAAUGGUGAAGGCGUAUGAGAAGCAGGAGAAGCGUCUGAAGGACCUCAAAGCGGCUGGACAAAGUAAGAAGCAGGCUGAAAAGAAACAAAAGGAGACUUUGACGAGAAAGCAAGAAAAGAAUCGAACGAAGAUGCAGAAACAGGAGGAGGAUACUGGGCCCACGGAAUUGUUGCAAAGACCGAGAGAAUAUAUAGUGAAAUUCAGUUUUCCAGAUCCUCCACCGUUGCAACCUCCAAUUCUUGGUCUUCAAAAUGUAACAUUUGGAUAUGAAGGGCAGAAACCAUUGUUUAUCGAUGCAGACUUUGGUAUAGACUUAAAUUCUCGAGUAGCAAUAUUGGGCCCUAACGGUGUUGGUAAAUCGACUUUCCUAAAAUUACUAAUGAGCGAUAUAACUUCUCAGAAAGGAGAAAUCACGAAGAAUCAUCGACUGAGGAUAGGAAGGUUCGAUCAGCAUUCUGGCGAGCAUUUAACUGCUGAGGAGACCCCGGCAGAAUAUCUGAUGCGACUAUUUGAUCUUCCAUACGAAAAGGCACGCAAACAGCUGGGUACUUUCGGUCUUAGCUCUCAUGCGCACACCAUCAAGAUGAAAGACCUAUCGGGUGGUCAAAAGGCACGCGUUGCGUUGGCCGAACUCUGUUUAAAUGCACCGGAUGUGCUGAUCUUGGACGAGCCGACCAACAAUCUCGACAUAGAAUCUAUCGACGCACUAGCAGAUGCUAUCAACGAUUAUAAGGGAGGUGUAAUCAUCGUCUCACACGACGAACGACUGAUUCGAGAUACUGAAUGCUGCCUCUAUGUGAUUGAGAACCAGCAAAUCAAUGCUAUCGACGGCGAUUUCGACGACUAUAGAAAAGAAUUGCUCGAGAGCCUGGGAGAAGUCAUCAACAAUCCCAGCAUAGCUGCGAACGCUGCCGUUCUACAAUAAUCGUCGACCAAUUAGCAUAAUUGAUAUCUUGGUGGCCUGUAAUAAUGUAAAAGCGAUCAUUUAUCGCUUGCAAUCAAAGCCUUCAUACGGACGCUUGUUUCUCCUAAAAACACUGGAUCCGAAUUUUGUAUUAUAAAUAUCUUGCACGAGUGUAAAAAAUAAAUUGUUAACAACAUAGA